AUGUCCCCCCCUGGCUCGGCCGCGGGAGAGAGCGCCGGCGGCGGCGGCGGCGGUGGCGGCCCCGGGGUCCCGGAAGAGCCCGCGGCGGCGGCAGCGGCAGCGGCGGACGAGGGCCCCGCCCGAGAGGAGCAGCGUCCCAUCCAGCCCUCUUUCACCAAGUCCCUCUGCCGUGAGUCCCACUGGAAGUGCCUGCUGCUCUCGCUGCUCAUGUACGGCUGUCUGGGGGCUGUGGCCUGGUGCCACGUAACCACGGUGACCCGCCUCACCUUCAGCAGCGCCUACCAGGGCAACAGCCUCAUGUACCACGACAGCCCCUGCUCCAACGGCUAUGUCUACAUCCCCCUGGCCUUCCUGCUCAUGCUGUACGCCGUCUACCUGGUGGAGUGUUGGCAUUGCCAAGCCCGCCAUGAGCUGCAGCACCGUGUUGAUGUGAGCAGCGUGCGGGAGCGUGUGGGCCGCAUGCAGCAGGCCACGCCCUGUAUCUGGUGGAAGGCCAUCAGCUACCACUAUGUCCGCCGCACCCGCCAGGUCACCCGAUACCGCAAUGGAGACGCCUACACCACCACCCAGGUCUACCAUGAGCGCGUCAACACGCACGUGGCCGAGGCCGAGUUCGACUACGCGCGCUGCGGCGUCCGCGACGUGUCCAAGGCGCUGGUGGGGCUGGAGGGCGCGCCGGCCACGCGCCUGCGCUUCACCAAGUGCUUCAGCUUCGCCAGCGUGGAGGCCGAGAACGCCUACCUGUGCCAGCGCGCGCGCUUCUUCGCCGAGAACGAGGGCCUGGACGACUACAUGGAGGCGCGCGAGGGCAUGCACCUCAAGAACGUGGACUUCCGCGAGUUCAUGGUGGCCUUCCCGGACCCAGCGCGGCCGCCGUGGUACGCCUGCUCGUCGGCCUUCUGGGCCGCGGCGCUGCUCACGCUGUCGUGGCCGCUGCGCGUGCUGGCCGAGUACCGCACGGCCUACGCGCACUACCACGUGGAGAAGCUCUUCGGCCUGGAGGGCCCGGGCUCGGCGAGCAGCGCGGGCGGCGGCCUGAGCCCCAGCGACGAGCUGCUGCCGCCGCUCACGCACCGCCUGCCGCGGGUCAACACGGUGGACAGCACGGAGCUCGAGUGGCACAUCCGCUCCAACCAGCAGCUGGUGCCCAGCUACUCGGAGGCGGUGCUCAUGGACCUGGCGGGGCUGGGGGCGCGCUGCGCGGGGGCGGCGGGCGGCGGCUACGGGCCGGCGUGCCGCUACGGCGGGGUGGGCGGCCCGGGCGCGGCGGGCGUGGCCCCCUACCGGCGCAGCUGCGAGCACUGCCAGCGCGCCGUCAGCAGCUCGUCCAUCUUCUCGCGCAGCGCGCUCAGCAUCUGCGCCAGCCCGCGGGCCGGCCCGGGGCCCGGGGGCGGCCCGGGCUGCGGGGGCAGCCGCUUCUCGCUCGGCCGCCUCUACGGCUCGCGGCGCAGCUGCCUGUGGCGCAGCCGGAGCGGGAGCGUCAACGAGGCGAGCUGCCCCACCGAGCAGACGCGCCUGUCGAGCCAGGCCAGCAUGGGGGACGACGAGGACGACGACGAGGAGGAGGAGGCCGGGCCGCCGCCGCCCUACCACGACGCCCUCUACUUCCCGGUGCUCAUCGUGCACCGGCAAGAGGGGUGCCUGGGCCACAGCCACCGGCCGCUGCACCGCCACGGCUCCUGCGUAGAGACCUCACUGUGACCUCGGCCCGGCCCGGCCAGGCCCGCCGGCCUCCCUCCCGCCCCCCGCCAGACUGUGCUCCUCGCGCGCAGCGGGGGGAGUCGUGAUGCUGACUGGGGCUGUGCUGGGCACGGCGCGGGGAGCGGGCGGCGAGGGGGCGCGCGGGGCGGACCCCGUGGGCUCCGGACCCCCGCCUUUCCUGAACAGAAAGAGACCGGCGACGGCGACGGCUGGGAAGGGGAGUGGCGGCUCCGGAGCACCCCCCCCCCCCCGGGCCCGGUGGGCUCUGCCAGCCCCGCCCCUGCGUUUCCAGGGGGCGCCUCCCUUUCCUACACGCACACUCGAGAUUUCCCGUCCAGCCUUUCAAUGGAUCUUCUGUUAGUGGCGACUGUUCUGUGGCACCGCGUGGGGCCCGUCUCCAGGGCGAGGCCUUCGCUGUGCAGCUGGGGAGGUUGCGAGGCGCGGGGAAGGGAGAUUGGAGCUUUCCUUCCACCGCUGCCUGGCCCCACCGGGGCCUCUCUCUCUGCGGAGGGGUGGUGGUUUGGGGAACACCAGGGCUGGCUUCCAACCAGCUAAUGAAUUCAGUGGGUCUGAGGCCGGAGCCAGAUGUCAGCCUCGAUGCUCCAGCUCAAAACCGUGCAAAUGUUGCUAUUCUCUUCUUGGCGCUGGCCCCAAACAUCGGGGUUUCCUUUCUGCCCCUCCCUCCACCGCUGUUUAUCUUGCUGGGUCCCUCGAGUGUGGGUCCUGGAGGGACUGUGCUCACACCACAGCCGUCACUCUGCUCCCUUCCCUCUUGCUCUCUGGCCCCAAGGAGCAGUUGCCCAGGGGGGAGGGAGGCAAAAUGAGGGGAUGUGUCUCAAUCCUGUCUCUGAACUCUGCAGCCUCCCGGCAGCAGCGACCUAACCCGGGCUCUGGGAGGGCUCGCCCUUCAGAGGGGGGUGCGAUACUCCCCAGGGCACCUUCAUUAAAGCUGGUCAUGGUGAAUGGGUGGAAAGAGGGAGAGACAGACCUGGGUGACAAAGGGGAGCUCUCGCCGCCGGUGGGAGUCAAAAGAGGAGAGGGCAGCAGAGGGAGACAGAAAGGACUUCCAAAGGUGGGGGGUUGUCUGGGGCGACUCUUGCCUUCCCCAGACUUGUGGGAGGUGGUGUGAAGAGCCGUUGUCCCCACACAUUACCUCUGCAGGGCUGAGAAUGUGCUCACAAGCCCCAACUGGAGAAAUACUCAAUUCCAGUGGCAGGGUCCGAGGCAGGAAUUCUCCAAAUCUUGCCUGACCCCGGUGUCCUUCCCUAUCCCAUGAGCUGAAGCCCUGCAGUGUAUCCCAGGGUCUUCAAAGGGGCACCCUGCCACCACCCAAGGGCACUGGCCCCACGUCCUGUUCUCGUAAAGCUCUGACACCGCCUUUUCUCCCCGACCACUCCCACCCUGAUGCGCUUCAGUGUGCAUGUCUGUGUACAACCAACCCCCUGCCCUCUCAACUCCCCUGGCUAAAGUUUUCCCAGCAGACUCAGUGCCCAGGGAUUGAGCUCACAUUUCAAGCUGGAGAGGAUCACCCUUGGGCCGCCAACAUCGCUCAUCCCUGAUGCUCCUCACUUUGCCUGAGCCUUCAGAGCUCCUCCUUCCCCUCCUUCAGCCUCCUCGCCCAUCCUCCUUCAGCCUAGCCAGGACUACACCUGCCAAGGGCAUGACUGCCACCUAUGCAACAUCUUCUCUGGCUUUCCUUCCCCCUUUCCUGGGGGGCUUAGGAGGUACAGACUGUGGGGACACCAUGGCCCAUGGCCCAUUGGGGUUGAGCUUUACUUUCCCUGUGGCGAUGGCAGAGUGGGAAAGGCAGAGGAGGCCAGGGAAGGGGUGGCUUGGGCCAGAGGGAAUGGCUGCCCACUAGGUUUCCCUGGGCAGCGGUGGCCACCUGCCUGCCAGCACGAAACCUGCCUGGCCCCUGAGUCUGUGCUCCUUGGGGGCCUGGCAUUUGGAGCACCUCUCUUUUUGAAUGGACAUCUGUGAGGUACAGGUGGUGAGCUGUGGCCGCAGGCCCCGGUUCUCCGCCAGCUGGCACCUGGAUGUCGUGCUCUUGUGUGAAGGCAGCCCAGCCACUUCACGACUCCAAGGAGGGAGGGACUCCGCUCCUUCUCUCUCAGGUCCAUUCCUGACACAGAACCUGAGCUAGGAGGAGGGGACAGGGCGAGGGGGGGGGGCUAUUAUUAUUUUUGCCUGUAUUGACUGUGUCUGCCUAGGUCUUAACACAGACGGCCUCACCUUCCACACAUGCACAGACUUAGAGAGAAACCAAUUCUUUGGUCUAUUUUCUUGGUAGCUUUAUUGAUUGCCAGGGAAAACGAAAACCAGAAAAUUAAUUAAUCUCUAAAAUUAAACUUUACACUGAAUGUUCUUGUUUCUCUAAUUAGAACCUCUGCUAGCAGCUGUGGCUAUGUACACACACUCACACACACCCUCACAUCUACACGUUUGCACUCCAGAACUGUCAGAGGGUGUCAGGCACAAGACAGACUUCAGGUUGCCCAGACAGGCACACAAGUGCAGUCACUCCCAAGCCCCCUUUGGUGCUCUGCUCUGCGCUGCUUGUUGGAAGGAGUCCCUGAAAACAGGCACCCCCAGGCUGUGGCUGCAGCCCCAUGACCCAUCCUUUGGAAAGACCACAGUUCUGGAGGCUCUGGGUCUCUCAGUGGGAGGAGGAUGGAGGACAAGGCUCAGCCUGGAUCUAUCAGGUCCUCUUGUGGCCCCGUGGGCUGAUGUGGCUCCUGUGGGCAGCCGCAGAAGGACAGGGACUCAUGGAGGGCACCCGGAAGGCUCCUUUUGUGCUGGGAACAAGGGCUUGUGGGGUGGGCUGGGCCUGGCUGGGGAGAAGACAGUAUCUGUCAAUUGGGUGCAUCACACUGUGGCCUUUCUGUCGUGGAUUUCCAAGCGCAAAGAUUGUACAAAUCAAACUGGUGGAUAAUAAAGUUGCAGAUGACUCACUGA